AUGGGUAACGGUGAAACUGACAGCCGGCCGGGGGGAUUGAAGUUUAGCUCAAUUUUUAUUGGGCUUCUUGGGGUGGUCGCUGGGGCAAUUGUGGUGACAAUCUACCAUUUAAUUGCUGUCGGCUGGUGCAGCCGAAGGCGUGCAACCCCAACGGGUCCGGCAGAUGGACACCAAGGCCCUCAUCAAAUUCAAACGAGCCAGCAGGAAGGUGGGUCCAGUAGCACGAGCAAUUCAAUAAUGGCGCAAUUAAUCCCCAUUAUUCGAUACUCCAAGGAGUUGGAAGGAGAUACAUGCGCCGUGUGCUUGUGUGAGUUCAAGGAAGCCGAGCAAGUGCGCGUGUUGCCCGAGUGCUUCCACUUGUUUCAUGUCGCUUGUGUUGACACCUGGCUCAACUCCCACUCUAGUUGCCCGCUUUGUCGUGCUGAUACUGGUGGAAGUGGAACCCCCCGGGCCCCGGAGGCGGAGCUCCGCCUACAGGUCGCCUGA